AUGUCGGACUCCAAGGAUAACAAGGGCAAAGCGCCCCAAGAUGUCAACCCCGAAGGCGACGCGGCCCAGAACAAAUCCUCCUCCAAGAGCGACAAGAAAUCCAAGGAUGCCAACCCCCUCGCGAAGAUUACCCCUCAGAUGGCGGAGACGCUGCUAGAGAACAAUCCCGCUUUGAAGAACGAGAUGAUUGGUUUGGAUAAGGACAAGGCGGCGGAAGCUCUGCGCAAAAUGGAUAUCUCUCAGCUGCUGACGGGUCUUUCGGUCACCGGCAAGAACCAGAAGGACAUCGCUUCGUACAAGUUCUGGCAGACGCAGCCGGUGCCGCAUUUCGAUGACACGGGUAGCGCAACCGGCGGUCCCAUCAAGGUCAUUGACCCUGAGAAGGUGUCCAAGGAGCCGGACACUUUGAUCGAAGGAUUCGAAUGGGCGACUCUGGACCUCACCAACGAGACCGAACUACAGGAACUGUGGGACCUGCUGACUUACCAUUAUGUGGAGGAUGACAAUGCCAUGUUCCGAUUUAGAUACUCGCAAGCAUUCUUGCACUGGGCCCUGAUGUCCCCCGGCUGGAAAAAGGAAUGGCACGUGGGUGUCCGCGCCUCCAAGUCCAAGAAACUGGUCGCCUCGAUCUGCGGUGUGCCUACGGAGAUUCGCGUGCGCGACCAGAAGAUCAAGGUGACGGAGAUCAACUUCCUUUGCAUCCACAAGAAGCUCCGGUCGAAGCGCUUGACCCCGGUUUUGAUCAAAGAGAUUACUCGUCGCUGCUACCUGAACGGAAUAUACCAGGCCAUCUAUACCGCCGGAGUGGUCUUGCCGACUCCGGUGAGCUCGUGCCGAUACUACCACCGCCCUCUGGACUGGCUGAAGCUGUACGAAGUUGGCUUCUCCCCUCUUCCUCACGGCUCGACCAAAGCCCGCCAGAUCACCAAGAACCAUCUCCCCAGCACCACGUCCACCCAGGGCCUUCGCCCAAUGGAGAUGAAGGACGUUGAUGCCGUUUACGAUUUGCUUGAGCGCUAUCUGAAGCGCUUUGAUAUGAACCAGGCCUAUACCAAGGAGGAAAUUGAGCACUGGUUGGUGCACCGGGAAAAUGCGGAGAAGGAGCAGGUUGUCUGGUCUUAUGUGGUCGAGGACCCUGAAACUCAAAAGAUUACCGACUUCUUCUCCUUUUACAACCUCGAAUCUACGGUUAUCCAGCACCCCAAGCACAAGAACGUGCGCGCCGCCUACCUCUACUACUAUGCUACGGAGACCGCGUUUACCGGAGAUAUGAAGGCUUUGAAGGAGCGUCUUCUGCAAUUGAUGAACGAUGCCCUUAUAUUGGCCAAGAAGGCGCACUUCGAUGUCUUCAAUGCCCUCACCUUGCAGGACAACCCUCUGUUCCUGGAACAGCUCAAGUUCGGCGCCGGUGACGGACAAUUGCACUUCUACCUAUACAACUACAGGACUGCGCCAGUCCCCGGAGGUGUCAACGAGAAAAAUCUGCCCGACGAGAAGAACAUGGGCGGCGUUGGUGUUGUUAUGCUGUAG